UUGACUGAUGUCACAGUUAGAAAUAAUCAUUAUUGUUUUCCCCAAAAUCUGUUAUUACACUCUUUGAAGAUUGAUUGACUUUCAGAAAACCUUCAUCAAAAAUCCUUUCAUCUUUUGUUUAUACAAGACAAUCAUAAACAUUUUUACAGCUUAAUGUGAUUUUCACGUGAUGUUUAGACUCAAAAACACAAUAUACCUACGUAAAUGAUUAUACGAUUGAUCAAAAAUGUGAUAAAGUGAAAAACACGCAAAAUAUUAACGCAAGCUUGUAAUAAUGGCUGAAAACGGAACCUCCCAACCGAACGACCCAGAAAAAGAAACAAACCGAACCAUAGACAACCAAGAUGAGAAGGAAGAAACGAAAAACGGCGGGUUUUUAUUGAGCGUUGACAGUUCGGAUGGCGGGAACACUGACAGUUCGAAUGUCAACGGAAUCAAAAUGGCGGAUUUGAAACAAAAUGGCGACGCUAAUCCCAUGAUGCUGCUGGGAGUGCCGAGGACUGGACAUCGGCUUUCGAUCAUGGAGAUGGAGAGUGCGAGGGAGAGGCAACGAGUGUCGUUGUUGAAGCAGUGUUCCGCCAUCUUGCGGCAAGGGGAAGAUCAGAAGUAUACCAAGGAGAGCCUGCAUAAGACUUUUCAGGAUGAGGACCUUCUCGAGAGGAUAUUCCGUCUGUUCGACGUGGAGAGACGAGACUACCUCGUGCAGGAGGACUGGAUCGAGUUCCUGAAGGCUAGACUCACCGAGGAGAAGCAGCUGGCGUUUGUGGAGCAGGUGGAGGCGAUCGCGUACGUGCUGUGCGGUGACGGCGAGCUCGCGCUGCCCACCUUCCAGACCAUCUUCAAGAGCAGAGUGGUGACAGACAAGUUGUUCCGCGUGCUGGACCCGGGGGACAACCACACCACGGCCGAGCUCAUCAUGGACUUCCUCUCCACCGUCACCAGCAGCCGUCCCCGCGUCGGCUUCGACAAGACCUCAGUAGACCGGCUCGAGCAGCUGUUCAGACAGACCGUCGGCGACCAGCGCGAGAUCACCAAGGAACAGUUCCAGAACAUCGUCGUGUCUAAGAAUCCAUUCUUCACAGAACGGGUGUUCCAGAUCUUCGAUGAAGAUGACUCUGGAUCCAUCUCGCUGCAGGAGUUUAUCGCGGCAGCUCAUCGGUUCGCGGGGCAGGCGCCCGACCAGAAGAUACGGUUCCUGUUCAAGGUUUAUGACUUAGAUGGUGACGGCCUAAUCCAGCACCGCGAGCUCCAGCACGUGAUGCGGGCGUGCAUGGAGGAGAACGGCAUGCAGUUCAGCGAGGAACAGCUCCUGGAGCUCACCUCCGCCAUGUUUGAAGACGCGGACACGGAGAGACGAGGAGCCAUCACUUGCGAGGCGCUGAAGGUGCAGCUGGAGAAGCACGGGCCUUUGUUGGAGAACUUGUCUAUCAGCAUAGACCGCUGGCUCAUCCCUCCAAAGCCAGUACCAGAGAAGAAGUCCUUCUACCAGAAGAUGGUGAAGCUGAAACCCUACUUCCUCAGCAAGCAGUACUUCAAGAAUAACUACGUGUUUGUGGCGUACCUCGCGGUCUUCACUCUCGUCAACAUCGGCUUGUUUGUCUCGAGAGCCAUCGAGUACCGGCAUUCGAAUGGCUUUGUUAUUGUCGCCAGGGCUUGUGGUCAAUGCCUCAACUUCACGUGCACCUGGGUGCUGGUGCUCAUGCUGCGCCAGUGCAUCACGUGGGCCCGCGCCCGCGGCGCCGGCGCCGUGUUGCCACUGGACUACCACAUCUAUCUGCAUAAGAUUACCGGUGUCAUGAUUGCUGUGUAUUCGCUGGUUCAUACCGUCAUGCAUUUGUGUAACUUCAGCAUAAUGGUAAUGCCGGACCCAGUGAUCAACGCGAACAACUACACGCUCACCGAGUGGCUGUUAACCGAGCGGCCCGGGCUAUUCGGCCUGGUCGGCGGCUGUGCCAACCCUACCGGCAUCGCGCUCGCCGUCUGCCUCACGCUGAUCGUGUUCUGUAGCAGACCUGCUGUCAGGAGAGGCGGGAGCUUUGAGGUGUUCUACUGGACUCACCUGCUGUAUGUGCCGUUCUGGUUGCUGUUGAUUUUUCACGGCCCCAACUUCUGGAAGUGGUUUGUGCUCCCUGGCGCCAUCUAUCUCGCCGAAAGAAUAGCUAGACUCAUAUGGGUCAGAUCCGAGCGCGGCGCCACCUACAUCUCCUCCGGCAUCCUGCUCCCCUCCCGAGUGACCCACCUGGUGGUGAAGCGCCCCCCCCUCUUCGACUUUCACGCCGGCGACUACGUGUUCGUCAACAUCCCGGCCAUAGCCAGCUACGAGUGGCAUCCGUUCACGAUUAGUUCUGCGCCGGAGCAGGAAGAAUAUAUCUGGCUACACAUCCGCGGAGUGGGAGAGUGGACUAAUCGUCUGUACGAGUACUUCGAGCGAGAGCAGACACGCCUACAUCUGGGGAAUGUGGCUCCACACACCGACACACAUGAAAAGCUGUCCCGCACCGCGUCCAACCAGAGCGCCCGCAGCAUCAAGUCUCACAAGAAGAGGUCCGUGGACUUCUCUCCGGUGGUGUACACCAACGAGGCGUUCAGCAUUGAGGAGGAGUGCAAUGGCAAUGGGAAUGGUGUCACCUCCCCUCCACAUAUAACCCCGGAGAAGCAAAUGAAGCUACUAGCGGUGCCGGCCAAGAUGCCGCUGGAGAAGUCGCUGUCGAUGCCCGACAUGCAGACCCGGCUCAAGAAGAAGGAGAGGCUUAAUGCAUUAAGGGACUACAACAUGCUGCGGUCAGAGUCGGAGGCGAGCUUCGACGAGUGCAAGAUGAGACGGGCACACCUGCGGGCGCUGGGCAUGGCCUACAAGAGUCCACAAAACAGACAACUAGCUCACAGCUUCCGAUACAUGCGAACAAAACCAACAAUCAUAGCAUUCAAAACACCCAGCAUGGAUAAUUGUGAGAGAGAUAACAUGCUGACAAUUGCAAGAAGACGUCUUUCAAAAACAAUAUCACCAGAUAAAGACGUAGAAUCAGGACGCAAGAGCAGUCUUAAAGCACAAGAAGAAUCGACCGAGUCAACUAGUGAUGAAGCAUUUGUCAAUUAUCCAGUUGGAAAACCUUUAGAAAUCUACCUAGACGGUCCGUACGGGGCGCCGUCCUCCCACAUCUUCCGCGCCCAACACGCUGCUCUCAUCGCGGCGGGCAUAGGCGUGACUCCCUUCGCCUCCAUCCUGCAGUGCAUCAUGCAUCGCUACUGGAAGAUGAGAAACGUCUGCCCGAAGUGCAACCACGCUUGGGCCAGCGACGACUUUAGACAGAGCAUGAGGUUGAAAAAGGUGGACUUCUUUUGGAUAAACCGCGAGCAGCGUUCCUUCGAGUGGUUUGUGUCACUGCUGUCGCAGCUGGAGAUCGAGCAGGCGGAGGCAACGGCGGAGCGCUUCCUCGAGAUGCACAUGUACAUCACGAGCGCGCUGCAGAGGACCGACAUGAAGGCCGUCGGCCUGCAGUUAGCGUUGGAUCUGUUACAUGAGAAGAGUAAACGAGAUUUGAUAACUGGUCUGAAGACGCGGACAAACGCCGGCCGGCCCAACUGGGACAAAGUGUUCCAGCAGCUGCAGCAGCAACAUAAGGGUAAGGUGACGGUGUUCUACUGCGGCCCGCCACAACUCGCCCGGAUCCUGCGGGUGAAAUGCGACCAGUUCGGCUUCCAUUUCAGUAAAGAGGUGUUUUAGUCCGUUAGUAAUUACUGUAAUAUUUAUGUAAUAGUCCUUUGUUGUUUCUUCAUUUCUUUUUCUCUGGCAUUUACAUUAAUGGAUGUACGUACAUAAUAUUACACUGGCGACCAAUAAAAAAGUUCCACCUGCCAUUUCCAUGUACUGCACUGGAUUUUUUUCAUUGUCACGAGUGUAUAUCAACCUAAUCAAACUACUGUGCCAGCAAUUACUAAUUUCAACAGGUACUUACUGUAGUACAUUUAAUUUAAUUACUUUGCUUUGAUAGCUUUCAGGAUCUGUAAAAUCUGUUUAGUUUCUCAUUUUGUUUAGUUAUACCUACGUGCGUCGGCCUACUUUUUAACGAAUUACACUUAUUGAACUGUAAACUUUAACUUAAGUUUGUAAAUGUAUUCGUAAUUUUGUGAUAAAAUAUCCAUGACCAUGACAGUAUAAUUAUUAUAAUAUUUUAUUUUAAUUUUAGGGUGUUUUUAGUUUCGUUUUAUCUUUCUUCCAAUUUUAAUGAUUUCCUUAUCCAGUUACCUAUAACUUUCAUGUAGGUAUCUAGUUUUUUACAUUGCGUUUCAUUAUCUCGUUUACGUUACUAUUUUGUAAUAAUUUCGCACAUUAUAAUAAUAAAUAAUAGAUCAAACAAAUGCUUACUUAUACUUAGCUUAUAUUUAUUUAUAUGUAAAUUUAAAUUAUAUUUUUAUGACUAUAUUUUAAGUUUAGUAAGAGUCAUGGCAUAGCCUUGUGAGAAGAGAGUUACCAGUGUUAAAUAUUUUUGUAAUUUUAUAUUUUAUUGAUUGAUGUAAUAAAUGUGUUUUACCAAUA